CUUUCAGGUCCUUCCCCUACAGCUAAUGGUUUAGUAAACCUUUCCUAAUCAUCCCUUUAGUUGUUGGUUCCCUUGUUGUUCCUUUGUUGUACUUUUGAUUUGCGCGAUAUGACUUCCGGUACUCAAAACCAUCUAUCGCAGUUCAAUCGACAUCGCACAACAGCAAGAACAUUCUCUUGCAUUUCUAUCAAUUCCGCUACUCCGUUCUGUCAAUGGGAAGCAUCUUCCGUUGGGGUGGGUUGAGAUGUUUUAUUUAAUGGAAAAACUGGUGGCAAUAAUCGAGUGUUCAAGAUAAAACCGGUAUGAUAUUGAAUCGCGCGGAGUAAGUACUUUUCGUAUAAUUUUGGUGGUGAAGAACUGAAUCUUAUUCUUAGUCUACGUAAACAUAUCGUCAGCAAUAAGUUAUGCGAUGAUGUUAUGGGCUCGUUGGUUGAAAGUAUAAGUAGAGUAGAGCUUGCAGGCACGCAGCUUUUCGACUAAAAUGACACACAUUCACGUAUUUCCACAGUAUUAAAGUGUGUUAAGUGCAAGUAGCAGCAAGAGAAAAACUCACCGGACACAACUAUGUAGCAUUUACAGCUUGUAGAUGAGUAUCGAUAAGUAGUACAUACGAGAGAAAGGAAUAAUGUGGCUAACCGUAGCGUAAUGUGGUGGGGGUUUAUUUUCUUCCUUUUUCCUCGAAACUCUCUCGACUGCUUGCCAUCUAUUUGUACCUAUUUUGAAACCGGAAGACACGGAACGGCGUCAGCUUCCGCAGACUCAUAGUUUGUCAUCAUAUACAGGAUACCAUACGCCAAUCGAGGACGAACUGGCAGCCAAUUCGAUGUUUAUCGAGGGCGAAGGUCUGUCUGAAAUGCCAUCCGACAACGGUGGUCUUACGGUGGGACGAGGAUCCUACCAAACGCAGGUUUGUCGUAUAAACGUAAUUCCGAGUUUAAGGCGUAGUUGUGUUGGCAGUGAGCUUGCUGUGGUAAAAGAAAAUCGGAUUAAAAUAUUUCAUCCCCUUAAUCGUAGAUUCCUUCACCGAGUUCUGCUCUGAUGACGGUCUCGUUAGAUGCGUACUUGGAUCCACAGCGAAUGUCAUUCGAUUCGCCGAACGAUCUGAUGGCACGCGUUUGCAGUCCGGACGAUACGUUUCCCGUCUUCUCACCACCCCCAUUUGAAAGAGACCAUCAUGCUCCCGUGACGAGCACAGCUCCUGUCUCUGCGAACACAUUGAUGCCUCCGAGCAAAACGCCUCUUCAACAGCGACAACAUCGUCGACAAUCGAGUUUGAAUGCCGUUUCGUGGCCCGCGAACCAUGAACUGACGAUUAGUCCGAAAAUGCCGCACCGUAUCGUUGGCCAAGCAAACGAAGAUAUCGGCGGCGAUACCGACCUUAACCAGCAGCAACCGCCAGCUCAAUCACCACGAUCACCACGUUCUCCUAGAUCGACCACAUUUGCACCAAUCCAACCGUCGCAUCGGCAUCGGCGGAUAUCGAGCACGGGCUCGGGAUACGCGAUGCCGGAUGAAGCCGCUACCGGGCCCGAUGGCGUUGGUGGUGCGCGUCGUCGAUCUAGUUUUCUAGUGUCACUGUACGUAGACGAUGAUACGCGGUACGACGAAGUAACGAACACCGCAAACGCGGGCAUCUCGCGAAGACGAUCGCGAUCGCGUAGCUUCUGGGGUCCGGUUGGUGAAGCCGGACUGAGAGACUCGAUACGUUCCGCUCGUUCGCGAUCGCCGGUGUCCCAUCAUGAGUGUAACUAUCCUUUUCUACUCUUCAUUCUCCAUAGCUCCCGUUCCCUCUAGUCGUGUCUGUCGUCAAUGUGCGUGCGAUCUUCAAUAUUCCGAUUUAGCUUUACCUUCUCUAAUCAAAAUUGAUCCUCGCUAUGUCGCUUUCGUUCCGUUAGCAAUUCGACGUUCAGCUUAAAAUUUUCCUGUUUUAUUUAAUUUAUGUUAACUCACACACGCCGCUCAGCUUACUUGUCCUUACUGCACACUGUCAUCGACACAAUUUCGUUUCUCCCUUGAUCCUCUUUGGUGAAAUUAGACGAUUGGCCCAGAGGUAAGAUACUUUUUUGCUACGUUACGUUUGAAAAGCCUUUGGUGUUUAGAUAUAGGUAAUAUAUAUUUAAUAAUGUAAAUAAUGCAGCAAAUAAAAUAAAACUCGCUCCCGUUUCGGGCAGAUCUGCCCGAUGUGUUUUUUACUCUGUCAAUAAUAACGAACGCGAUUUUCGGUUAAACAUUUUACGACCGUUGUGCAAUCGAUGCACCAUCGUUUGUCAGAAUAAGCCGAAGAAGAAGUGAAAUGUACAUAGUUCUUAACAAUUUGCCCUCAAAUAGCUUUCAAACAUUUCUUACCGACUCUAUCGGCAAGAUGCACUCGUCCACUCUAAUAUGUACAAUCAUCUACAGCCAAAUCUGUUGGUCCGACAGCGAUCACGGACUAUGUUUACAGGAUCCAUGUUACGUUUUGUAUUCAUGAGUAAUCGCAUGUACUUUCCGUUACUGACUGUCCAAUAGCAUCGUCAUAAACACCUUUCCGUUUUCUUUAGAAUUCUGUCCCUUUACGUUCUCUCUUCGUUUUCAUCCACGCAGUUUCGUUUUCUU